AAGCAGGAAGAAUGUGUGCGCCGACUAUGCGCUUGGAUAAAACACACCAACACAUAUAGAUAUACUUCCGCAGAACACGCGGAUGGUCACUUGGUGAAGAUCUGCGGCACUGCGGCCGUGUCUGGCCCUGUCGCGACCUGAUGGACAGGGGCAGCCACGCUGGCCGGCUGAGCCUGUCCACGCCUGCUUUCUUGGUACCCGACGACGUGCCUAUCACGCACACACACACACACACAAGGCUGAGCCCUCCGAAAAAGGCGAGCUGUUUGUGUGCCUGCCCACGCCUGUUUUGUCUCUCUGCAUGACCUACCGGUAUUCCUGCAUGGCGCUGCAUGGCCAGCACAGCAAGACGACGCACCGAUCACCGCAGCCGUCGCUCGCCUCGAUGUCGUAAUGGCUGACAGAAGCGCAGACACACAUACACACAGAGUAUACUCAGACAGACACGCAGACCCCCUCACUUGUCUGCGUGUGAUGGGCUCACAUCUAGCUGACCUUCUGAGCUCCGUCCGAUAGCGGCGGUAGAUUCUGAACAUGCCGAUGCCGACAACAGGGGGCAUUAUGCACAGGAUCCAGAGUCUCGACAGCUCGUCGGGCGGGGUUAGGCACAAAGCCCAGAUGACGAAACCCCAGAAGGCCAGCGGGAUGCCGCACAGCAGCAGCACACCCCACCACAGCGACCUCAGACCCGCACCCGCCAUCGCCCGGGCCUACACACGCAUUCAGAUACGUGCACUCGUAGCAUGGUGUGGUGUGUGUGUGGGGGGUGGGAUCAUUAUACCUUCAGGUAGCCCAGAAUGGGUGCGAAGAGCCAUCCGACGGUUCCCAGCAAGACAUCCGGCAUACGGGAGAAGCAGCUGAACAGACCGACGUUCCACCGACCUACACACACGUCCAUCCAUCAAUCCAUCCAUCCAUUUAUCGAGAAAGGCAGGCAGUCCUCGGUACAUGUGUACCCGUGGGAGUCCGUUGCCCACUGCUCUGUGCCGGUCUGACGGCCCAGUCUUCCGCAGGUGCCGUAUAUUUGGUGCCUGGGGCUACCUCUCGAAUGUACAGCUUGUUGCCUUUGAAGACCUGGUUGUUGAGCUCGCGGACGGCACGCUGCGCCUCCUCAGCACUCUCAUACUCACACACACUGACACACACACACCAAUCACAUCAGAAGUGUGUGCCCCUCUUUGUCCUGUCUGUCUGUCUGUCUGUCUUGACCAUGCUCCGAUGGGGCCUUGCUCAUAUCGCGACCUCAAAAUCUGCACCCUCGUCGCAGGGCACCUCAUGUGUUUCGCAACUUCCUCCUGCGCAGAACGGGGCCAUUUGGGAACGGGGUCAUGAACAAAGUGCGCAGGUCUGUCUGUCUGUCUGUCUGUCUGUGUGUCUAUACCUGUGUCGCCGUCUUGGGCAGGUGCUGCACGAACACCUUCCUCUCAGCAUUCGUGAUACCGUCAUCGGCCGUCUCGGCAGCCGCCUCUCUCAUGGCACCGAUGGUACCGCGGCCGCCGCCCAAGAUCUCAGCCAGCUCCAUCACUGCGGCAGCCUGCGGGUGGAGGUGGUUCAGAGAGACGAUGCGAUAGAUGUGUCAGAGGUCGAGAAGGCGGUAAGUAAG